AUGAGCAGAAAAUGUGUCUGUAUCAGUGCUUCCUGUUUAAUCCGACAACUUCCGGGAUGUCGGAUAAUCACAACAUCAGCUGCUGUGUUCAAGAUGGCGCAGACCCUAACAGAGUUGGAAGUUGCCCUGGACGCCGACCAAGCUGGGGACCAAGGAAGAGGUGUUUUGAGGCGUUGCAGAGGACGACCCAGACUCACAGAUUCCGACCGAGCUCAGAGGCGUCUUGAAUCCCGGAAGAAGUACGAUGUGAGGAGAGUGUACCUGGGAGAGUCGCACAAGCUGUGGAGUGAGCUCCGCAGGCGGACCAGCCUGAGCGAUGCUGGACUGGCAGAGUAUCUUAUCCUGCUCAAUUCCACGUAUGGAGAAAAAUACCAGCAGAAGUACUGCGGGAACAAGAUUACUGCAGAUGUUUCAGUAAAACAGAAAAAAGCUGAUCUCUGUUGUUUCCCAGGCAGGAAGGAGCGUGUCUCCAGCCUCAAGAGCCUGGUGUGUUGGUACCAGGAGCACUCCCACUCCUGCCCACAUGAGCCUCAGCUCAGAGCCCUGGAGCCCCAGCUCAACUUCUCCACCUCUGCCAUCUGGCAGUGUGACUCAAACCACUCAUUUGUGCAAUACCUUUUCUCACCCCCGAGGGAGGCAAGUGACUCUGAACAUGAAGCUGAAGUGAAUGGAGAAGGAGAUGGAGAGAAUGCUGCGAAAGCAGACGUGCCUGUGGCUAAAGGUGUGGUGAGCAGGAAGAGGAGGAAGGAGUCUCACAAGCAGUUCCAAGAUGUGGAAGAAAACUUGGAUGUUUCUGAGGUACAACAUACCAACAUGAGCCACACAGAACAGACUGCAGCUCCAAACCAGCCCUGCAUAGAGGCCUCUUCCAAGGGUGUUCCCCUGACAGGACAGCCUGUCUGGGAGAUGGAGAUGGUCAUGGAGCGACAGCAAGGCUCCGCCCCUGCAGCAUUUACCUCCAUCCCCACGGAGGAGGAGACUGAGGAGACUGAGGAUGUGAGGAGAGACAGAAACAGGGGAGAGGAGGAGAUCAGGACUGUACCACAUGGUUACGACUGUGUUACUGUGACAGCGUCCUUAGCUGAUAAACUGGAGAAGACAAACGAGGACUCGGUGUUGUCACAGAGCUUGAGUGGCUCAGUCCCGCUGGGAGCUCAGCCGGAGCUGUCAGUCCCGCCGCCCAUGCAAGAGCAGAGCGAACUGUUUGAACCUCAGUCUCUGCAGACAGUAGUGACCAGCUGCGAGAUCCCUGACCAGAGGAACACUUUGGAAGGCUCACAGUUAAUUAUCAUCACUGGCCCCAGCUACGAGGCGCUGGCCUCAGAGGGAAUCCAGCUCAACAUGGGCAGCGCAAACGUGGAGGAAGUCACCUGCACUGUCAUUGGGGGUGUCACCUACAACCAGGUUUGCGCAUCAGACUCAAAACUCAGAACAGCAGAGGACGAAGACUCCAUAACAGGUUUGAGUGACAAACAGCUGCUGCAGCCCUCUGUUCAUGCUUUGGAGCUGGGUAGUGACAGAGAGCUGCAUCGGAGUCUCAGCAGCGUCAGGUCAAAGAGAAACAGGCGAGGCCCCGUCAUCGAGGCAGAUGGGAUGCUCAAGAUGUUUCACUGUCCGUAUGAGGGCUGCAGUCAGGUCUAUGUAGCCAUUAGCAGCUUUCAGAAUCACGUCAACCUCGUUCACAGGAAGGGAAGGACCAAGGUCUGCCCCCAUCCAGGCUGUGGGAAAAAGUUCUACCUGUCAAACCACCUGCAUCGCCACAUGAUCAUCCAUUCAGGGGUCAGAGAUUUCAUCUGCGAGACAUGUGGAAAAUCUUUCAAACGUAAGAAUCACUUGGAGGUUCACCGGCGGACUCACACGGGAGAAACACCACUCCAAUGUGAAAUCUGUGGCUACCAGUGUCGUCAGCGUGCGUCCCUGAACUGGCACAUGAAGAAACACACUCCCGAGGCUCACUACAACUACACCUGCGAGUUCUGUGAGAAGAGGUUCGAGAAGCUGGACAGUGUUAAAUUCCACAAGCUGAAGAGUCACCCUGACAAGCAGGCAACCUGACAUGUUUAGACACUGGUGACAGGAGAAACAACAAGUACAGCUUGUGUCUGGACAACCAAAGGGUAGGCUUCCAGUAAAGUGAGUUCAUCUCGCCUCUCAUGUCCAAGACGAUAUGAACCUGUGAACACACAAGCAGUGGAUGAAGGCAAAAGUGGGCCAGCCAAACAGCUGUGCAGGCCACAAGCUGUUUUACACUACAGGGCCCAAACAUGGGAAAAGCUUCAUCGACUGGUGACUGGUGAUGUCCUGUUGACGGUCUGCUGUACGCCUCCCUCAGCUCAUAGUCUUAAAGGCGUACUGUGCAGGAUUUCUCUGUUGCUGUUUGUAAACACACCAUUGAAAGUUAGCCCCUCCUCCCCGGGUCCAUGAGAUGGAGCAAUGUGGUCAGUAUGUUUUUAUAGAGUCCUGAUCUUGCAUCUUGCACUGGUGGGGGUUGACACAUCCACCAGCCAGAGGUUGAUGCCCAGAAUUGUCACAGUAAAGUACAAAGAAAAUAAGAAAAUACAGGCAGAGCAAAAAAAUCUGACCGAGCAGCUACUGUUAAGCAGAAUGUUAGAACAAAUUAACAGUCUGAUCAUACAUACACCUGAUAUAGUAAAUACUUGGAUGAAUGAGCUCUUGCGCUGCAAUACAAAGACAGCGCUGUUUAUUUCCAUAUCUUCUGUAUGGAACACCGACUGGUGAGGAUGAUGGCUUUUUGCCUGGGAUGUGUAGCUUCAGCCUUCAGUCUUUUCACAUGUGUUACCAUCACAUUCAUGUGAAACUUUUACUGGGUUCUUUUUUGAGUCCCUUUGAGACAUUCAAAAGCGUAGCGCUCAUGUAGCUCAUGUUAGCUUAGCUAGCUAGUUAUGGCUGAUAAAAUCUUCCAGCUACAGUUGUCAUUUCCGCCAGCUAGAAAUGAGAUGCCUGCUUAUUUAUUCCUGUAUCUAAAAGCAAAUAACCCAUUGUUUCAAAGAUUACUUGGGGUGGGGGCGUUAGCGAAUGGUGAGUAACAUGAGUCAUAAAAAAUAUUUCCCAUUGAAGUAAAAAAAUGUAGGCCUUGCAAAGUGUUCUGCAGUGAUGUUAAGAUGAACACGUUAUUUGUUUGGUUUUAAAACAUGCAAAACACUAUUAUGAUCCAAUACAGAUUAUGUACAGUUUAAAUAUAGUUGACUGGUCCAUUAAUACGCCAUCAUGAGUGAUGUUACGUCUCUCCAUUUCAGUCACUCUGAAGAUGAGCAUCUGUUGUGUGGGCCAGCCAGUCUUGAUCUUUUUUUUUUUCUCCAUCCUCCCAGUGUCCUGACUCACAGGCACCAGUGAGAAAUCCUGUGAGUUUAAUGUGACAGUUUCUCAGGAAAGUUCACCUCAGUCCUCUUGCGUUCAUUUCUUGUGUCGUAUUUGUGUUAUAGCUUCGAAGCAAAUGCACUUUUUCUGUGUCCUGUCAGUUUAGUUAACUGAUGAAUCACUAAAAUACGUGAACAUGA